AAUAAUAAUAAUAAUAAUAAUAAUAAUAAUAAUAAUAAUAUGAAUGGAGAUUUUGAACAAGAUGCCGUUUUUUUAAAUGCAUGUCGACGCAACUGGAAAAGUCUUCCUAUUACACAUCGUAAGCCUUAUGAAAUUGCGGCAAGACGCAAUGAACAGACACGAAAAGAAUUGAAAAAAAGGAUGAGCAAUGGUUGCUCCUUCUUUGAAAGUCUCUGUGAGCAGGUAAAGGAGUGGACGGCUGAAUUGGUACGUGAAGAUUUAAAAGGUAAACCCCCAGCAAGACAACGAACAGCGGCAUCACGAAAGAUCAAAACUACAGCAGCAGGAAAGGCCGCUGUUAAGACUCCCGUAAUAAGUGGUGAAAAGAUAAAUUUCACCUCACCUGCAGUGGUAGUAGCAAAAACAUCAUCCUCCACAACCGCACGAGUAUCAAACUCGCCUGAUACGAAGCAAAGACCAAAAAGAGGAAGUGUAAAUGGUAAAGGAAAGAAAACACCACAGAGAACAGGAGUAACUCGAAAAGAAACUGCAGUCAUGGAAAAGAAGGCUGUCACUACUCGAGGUAGUGCAAAACAAAAGCCACAACCGAGGCGAAAAUUGCAGCCCACACGACCCAAGGCUAAAUUGAAUAGAGUUCAUAGAGUGAAGAAGAGUAAUGUCACUCAGAAGGCCAUGGCAGCCAAGAGAAAAAAGAAAAAGUGA